UCGGUGGACGAAACCAACUCCGCGAAACGUUGCGGGGGAGUCACUCGCUGGGACCUCCUCGCCUUAAAGUGGACGAAACCAACUCCGCGAAACGUUGCGGGGGACGUCACUUGCCGGGACCACCUCGUCUUAGGUGGACGAAACCAACUCAGUGAAACGUUGCGGGGGACGUCACUCGCCGGGACCACCUCGUCUUAGGUGGACGAAACCAACUCCGUGAGACGUUGCGGGGGCGUCACUCGCCGGGACCACCUCGUCUUCGGUGGACGAAACCAACUCCGCGAAACGUUGCGGGGGCGUUACUCGCUGAGACCUCCUCGCCUUUAGUUGGACGAAACCAACUCCGCGAAACGUUGCGGGGGACGUCACUCGAUGGGACCUACUCGACUUUAGUUGGACGAAACCAACUCCGUGAAACGUUGCGGGGGCGUCACUCGAUGGGACCUACUCGACUUUAGUUGGACGAAACCAACUCCGCGAAACGUUGCGGGGGCGUCACUCGCUGGGACCUCCUCGCCUUUAGUUGGACGAAACCAACUCAGCGAAACGUCGCGGUGACGUAACUCGCCGGGACACGCGUGGAGACCCCCCCCCCCGCCCCCAUGUAAGAUGGCCGACGUUUCAGGCUUCAGGAAGUUGAGUCAAGCUCAGCGUCGUGUGUGUGUGAGUUGGUGUCUGUCUGUCUGUGUCUGUGUGUGACCUUCAUUGGUGCUGCUACUCUCCCAUCGCAGCACUUGCCCCAACCAACGCACCGUUGAAGAGCUGCGACACGUGGGGUGAGGUGCGUGGGGAGGAUCUUCUUGAAGGAAGACGUCGACCGAUGGCCUCCUGCGCGCUCUCCCGCGUGAGCUGCUUCGCUCUCGCCGCUUCGAGGGCCGCGGCCUCGGCCUCCAGGCCCGGGGGGGUCGGGCCCGUGCUCGGGGCGGGGAGCCUGAGGGGCCUCGUGGCGGGGCCCGGGGUUCAGGAUGGGGAGAAGGUGACCCACACGGGACAGGUGUACGAUGAGAAGGAUUAUCGUCGCGUGCGCUUCGUGGGGCGACAGAAGGAGGUGAGCUGA